UUUCCGGUCUGCAACUCGAGUAGGGCGUCUACUGUGGACUUUUCUCUUUCUUGCCGGGCUUUCUGUUGCUGUUUUUCAAAUAAGUUUGCUCGUGCUGAAGUAUCUGGGCUACCCCGUCAACGUUGAGGUUGUGAUCAUUACCAAGACGACGCUGGAUUUUCCGUCAAUCACCGUGUGCAAUACAAACAAGCUACGACGCUCCGUGAUCGACAAGUCGAGACAUCGACAAAUGUUGCUGGUCGAUCAAUCUGCCUCUCUUCCGUACUACGCACCCUGCCUUGAUGAUGAUUUCCAUUGCGAGGGAAGAAACUUGUGCAUUAAGAGAUACCUACUAUGUGACGGCAUUAGACAGUGUGGUGUAGACAAUCUUAGCGAUGAGAGGGACUGUAAUUACGAUUCUGGCACUUGCACCGCGGAUUUCUUCCGCUGCUCGGAGUCUGGAAGCAGCAUGGGACUCUGUAUACCAAAGAGGAAGAAAUGCGACAGGAAACGAGACUGCUACAAGGGCGAAGACGAGGACGAUUGCACUUGCAAGGGCAGUGAGUUUAAGUGUGCAAGGCGUGGAGGCUGCAUUCGUAAGAGCCUGGUCUGUGACGACAAGACACAUUGCCUUGAUGGCAGUGAUGAGAUGCAUUGUGGAGCUGCUAAUAUGCACGAGUGUCCGGCUGAAAAAAGGAACAUUCCGAAGGGGUUCGUUUGCGAUGAUUAUAAGGAUUGCAUCGAUGGAUCGGAUGAGGCUAACUGUCCAGAUAGUACAAAUGACGAAGUAGUAUCAGACUUUACGUGUGAGUCAAGCCAGUAUACACAAUGUGGAGACAUUCAACAGUGCUACAAUCUGGCGUACGAAUGCGACGGGGAGAACGAUUGCACAAACGGCCACGACGAAUCUCUAGAAGUCUGUGGACGAGAGGCAGUAUGUGACCCACCUCAAGCGCCUUGUCCAUUGGGCGGUGGCUGCGGUGUGCUUUGUAACCUGAGAGACGAGUGCGUUCAAUUGUCAGACGAAACUAAUUGCAUUUGCAGUGUCUUUAUGAACAGCACGGAUGAAACUCCAGUUGAGAUUGUCAAAUGUUCCGGGAUUUCACGCUCAUUGCCUUUCUCAUUUGCGGCUGUGGAGUCUGGGUACUGGAUUACGUGCGACUCUAGUGGAACCAGUCCACGUAUACGGACGUCACUGUACGAAUGUGAUGGCGAAUUGGACUGUUACCGGCCUGGGAGUUCCAUACCACAACCAUGCAAAACAGUGUCCUCUGGAUGUUAUCUUUCCCCAUACGGAGAUGACUACAAAGGAAACAGUUCAGUACGAGGUUGCCUCCCCUGGUCUCACCCCAACGUGACCUCUGAAGGCUACAAUGGACUCCAGUACUGGGAACUGGAGGGGUUAGAACCGGGUUCCACUGUGACACAUAACUACUGCAGGAACCCAAGUGGUCUGCAAUACAGGCCCUGGUGCUUUGUGCAAAACCACGGCAUGAUUGAAGCCAACGAUAGCUGCAUCGUUGAACGUCCAUAUUCACCGGUUUUCACUUGUCACAAUGUAAAUCUGAACAUCAGCAUAGCACUUGAAGAAAACGACAGAAGCAAUGCUUCACAGGGGCGUCUACAAUUAACCACUGCAGAAGGUGUCGUGGGUACGAUCUCGGAUCAGUUCUGGACUAUCGAUGACAAGAACGUCAUAUGCAGUCAGCUGGGCUUCCCGGCCGGGGCACUUUGGGACGAGUUUUACGACUUUGGUCCGGGAACUGGACCCGUCCUCAUAACUGAUGUGCGGUGUACUGGGUUCGAGAACUUGUUGGUUGAUUGUUUCUACCGAGUGGCAACAGGGAACGAGGACGAUCAUAGGCAUGAUGUGGGCGUAGUCUGCAAUACCAUGGGUUAUUUCGAUCGUCCAAAUAUAUCGAAUGUUGACGACAGACAACGUGUGAGACGCGAUACAGACUGGGUCUCAGAAGCUGCAGAUAUCAGCAUCAUCACUCCGCUGAUCCCGAACCUUCAGUUUGACCCUCCCACUCAGAUGCGUAAGGUCAACCGCAAGAGGAAUUUAGCAACCGAUCGAGUCUACAGCUGCGGAGACGGGAAAGAAAUACCUUACUGGCAGACAUGUAAUAAAUUCCCAGACUGUGCCGAUGGAAGAGACGAGUGGGCAGAGGAGAUGCAGUGUGAUGACAUCGUGACCGAAUGCAACCUCUAUGAGUUUCAGUGUGAAGAAACCGACUCAGCUAGAGGACGAAAAUGCAUACACAAGACCAAAGUAUGUGAUGGUUAUAACGACUGCACUAACAACCAGAAGGUGACGGAGACUAACCCGCCAGCAUGGGACGAACAAAGAUGCCCUCAGUUCGAUGAGACCGAACCGCCUGGUUAUCACCGUUGUUACGGAAGCAGCGGUAAAGCCGGACAUUUCAUACAGAAACGGAAGUUGUGUAACACAGUAAGAGAUUGCGUGGAGGGGGACGAUGAAACAGAAUGUCUGACAGACAAGCCAAAAGACAAAGAAGACCCGUUCGCAGAUCCUAAUUGGUAUCUACCCUACAAGAGCCUCCUGAAGCCCAAAUUCUACCCAAUGUUUGAAUCAUUUCCAAGGAACUAUACCAAACCACCUUUCGAUCGGGUGGCUGACCUCGAUCCCCCAAACUGGGACAGCUUCAUGACGUUCAGCGCUAGGCCAGACUACAGUGAUCUUGUGGACGUCUUAGAACUUUCUGGGGACCAGGUUGCCAAUUUUGGGCACCAGAAGGAGGACUUCAUACUGCAGUGUACUUAUGAACAGAAGAAAUGUAACAUGAGCCUAAUUAAAGUGAUUCAAAACGACAAGUACGGGAACUGUUUCACAUUCAACAAUAAGGAUCAACAGAUGCGCGCAUCGAAAACUGGAAGCAGAAAUGGUCUCCAGAUGACCUUAUUUCUGGAGCAGUCAGAGUAUAUCAGUAUCUACGGACAGGAGGCUGGUGUACGGGUGUCGAUCACACCGACACAUAUCAGUCCAAGCCCCACUGAUAUCGGCAUCACGAUAAAGCCGGGGACGGUCACAUCCAUUGGGCUAAGAUACAAUGACGUAAUUCGCAAAGGCCCACCGCACGGGGACUGUAUGGAAACUGUGGCGAAUACAUUGAUUAUCGCAAACGGAACGAUCCGAAAGACCACGUCUGAAAAAUACGACCGCGGGUUAUGUAAGAAGGCAUGCGUCCAUAAAAAUAUAUGGGAGCAAUGUGGGUGUUCAGACACACUGGAGUUAGACGGGCAGCGGUGUAGACUGUUGAAUGAUACGCAAGAUCUAUGCAAAAACCUGGUAUAUUUUGUAUAUCAUCAUGAUAUGUUAAAAUGCAAUUGUCCGGAACAGUGUAGUGACAUUUAUUAUACAAAGACGAGUUCGAUGUCCGUGUGGCCUUCAAGGAAGUUCGCGAAACUUCUUUUGCGCAACAUACAUUCCAUCAACGAUAAGACGAAGGUCCUUAAUGAGGACAAUAUUUAUGAAAAUAUUGCAAGACUUGAAAUUUAUUACGAGGAGCUGAACUAUGAGAGAACCGAAGAGACGCCAUCGUAUCAGGAGAGUUCCCUAUUCGGUGACAUCGGCGGCAUCGUUGGACUUUACAUCGGUUUCUCUCUCAUAACCGUUUGUGAAUUUAUAGGUCUGUUUUUGAAGCUCAUCAAGAACAAUUGUUUGGCACCAGCCACUAGCCUUUGAUGCGGAUACGCAAUGAGUAAUUAGAACAUCAAUAGUGAACCGGGAACUGGUUACGUAUUCACGUGGAGGAUAUUAUAAUUUAUAUAGCAAUAGUGAAUUUGUAAUGUCAUGGUGGUAAAAACAAUUGCGUCGAGUCACUCUCUACAGUGUUACGUCACAGCCUCAUCUGAGAGUAUCGAAUGAUCAGUCUAGUCUGUAAACACGUCCAGAGACUAUUGUUUUCGACGGGGACCAGACUAUAACCCUAUGCAUGACGUCAUAAACUGAUUUGGGUCAAACUGUUGAUAUUUUAUGAACAGGAAUCGACUUCACAAAGAGUUAGGACUCGUCUUAUCUCGAGUUAGGACGAGU